ACCAUAAACACAUUUGGCACCACAGGAUAAAACUCCAACCAGAAUAAACAAGUAAAAUACUUAAAUAAAAACGUGCAUACAUAAAUAAAUGCGAAUAAGUGUUAAAAGGCAAGAAAGAGAAGCAUCAAAGUAGAACACGUUCGACCCGUCGCCAUGAAGGGAAACCCCGAGGGAGUCAUCCAAGGAUAACCCAGCGCGGACCCCACUCCUGCUACCCGGCGAGGGUUCAGGAGCCCGACGGGGCGAGUGUUCUGGGGCCAGAGAGGGCCAAUGUUCUGUGGCCUAGGGGCGAGUGUUCUGGGUCCCGUGGACCUCCUGGACGGAUUCUGCUUUGGAUAAGGGGCGCUUCUGACCCGCACCAGGCUAGCUGUGAGCUGUUGAGUCUUCCGCCAGCAGCCUGGCUUCCAGCACAGCGACCAGAGGCAGCGACGUAGUUCGAGACUCACGUCGUUGGUCAUUCACGUAGGUCGCGAUGUACGUCGUUGGUCAGUCACGGGGCUCGGCCCUACUGGGCUGUCUUUGGAGCUCAGGUUCGGUUAGUGGGAGGGUAUGUGGUUGAGUUGGGUUCUCUCUCGGUGUCGACAUGGAUCUUGUUAAAAGAGCGAGCUACAGCAGGAGGAACAUAAUGUGGACAUUCGGAGGAAUGACUUCCGUAGGAAACGGCCUGGAGGCAGAGGAGGAGUUAAAGAAUGCAACGGACUGACUGAGUGGACUUGAUAACAAGUUAGAGAAAACCAAACAAGGAUAUUUCAUCCUUCUUUCAACAUGUCCGUUUUCAACAUGUGAAAGGAGAAGUCAUAAUCUUGUCCCAAGUUCAUCAGAAUUGCAGAGCAGCGUCAGCUUAAGUAUCCUCAACACACAAGACAUCCUAUUCACUUCAAUAAAGAGAAGGUAGGACCACCUCCCAGAGCGUCAUGUCUUGGUACCUGAGGCACUUCACUGCUGUGGGGGAUGAGAAGACAGAACCAGGUACUUGGGAACAGUUGGAGGAGGACAGUGAGGAAGUGAGUCCCUCCCCAGGCCAGCCUCCCCCCCGCCCGGGCUUCAGGGAGGCCCUUCAGCAGCUCUACUGCUCUACCCGGUUUCAGGUGGUGGUUGUGUGUUUGGUAGUCUUGGAUGCCAUAUUUGUUAUGGGCGAGGUGCUGAUAGAUCUGGCCAUCAUAAAACUGGAAGAGCAUCAUGUUCUGCCUGAGGUGUUCCACUACCUGAGUCUGGCGCUGCUGACGUUCUUUAUGAUUGAGCUGGUUGGCAAGCUAUACGCUUACCGGCUGGAGUUCUUCCAGCACAAGUUUGAGGUGUUUGACGGCCUGGUGGUGGUGGUGUCGUUUGUCCUGGACAUCGUCUUCGUGGCUCGCGAGGAUGUUUUAGACGGGGUGGGCUUCCUCAUUCUCCUGCGGCUUUGGCGGGUGGCCAGGAUCAUAAACGGAAUCCUGGUCUCCCUGAAGACCCGUGCUGACCAUCGACUUCAUAAACUAAAGGAGAGUUACGAUCAUCUGGUCCAAAGAUCUACUGAGCUGCAGGAACGCAGUGAUAAGAUGGAGCAAGAGAACAACAGACUCUGUGCCCUUCUGAGACAAAAUGGCAUAGAAUUUGAAUUCUAGUAGUUCAAACCUUAUGCAGUGGUUAUUCAUUUCAUCUGCCUUUCUAGAUGUAUUCUCAACAUUUAGAACUUUAGAACUCUAUUCACUGUCAAUCAAUAUAGCUAAGCUGAUAUCUUUGACCGAUAUGAAAUAAAGUCCUGAAACAACAAUGUAACAGAUUUCCUACUGAGACUGCUUGUACGCUGCUUAGCCGAACCAAACUGCUUGCAUCAUGUGAAAGGAAAGAAGAAUUCAAAAGGCAGCUUGGCGUCGAUGGUGGGUGGAGCUUGGAACCCUGGCUCUGAAGGGGUGGAAACGGAGACGAAGCUCACUGAGCUGGUGACCGUGACAGAAGUGCUUCCUCCAAAGAGCAAGGCCUGGGUGGGGGGGGGAUAUGAGGAAGGCACAAGUUAGAGGCAAUUAGUUAUUGUUUUCCUGAUUGGUUGCGUUGGGGGGUAGCCUUAGAGAGAAAUUUUGGCCAGGGUGCUUCUGUUUGUACAAAAUGCUGUUGCUUUGUUUGUUAUAUUUCAAAUUACCCUGGACAUCCAACAUGAAUGUUAUCAAGUUGUCACUAUUUCAUGCAGAGCUUCCCUACAAACAAAUAAAACAACUGAUCAUUCUCAC